AUGGAGAAAAACUGCGCUUGUCAAACUUGCUGUGAAUUUAUUCACCCUGCACUUCAUGUGUCCAACAUUAAGAACCUCAUUCCUCUUGUUCUUCAUACCAAAAAUAUUUUAUAUAGUCGUUGGUCUACCCUUUUCCGUGUCACGGCCCGUGCCUACAAUGUUCUUGAUCACAUCGACUCCACCAUUCCUACUCCUUCACACAUUAUUACUGACACCACUCUUUGGGCUCGACUUGAUGCUGUCGUCCUCUCUUGGAUUUACGCCACUAUCUCCACUGAUUUACUCAUCACUCUUCUUGAUAAUAAUUUUACUACUGCCAUGGAUGCUUGGACAUGCCUCCGAGAUAUGUUUCAACAUAAGACUACCACCAUUCACAAGUGCUAUAAGAGAAGAAGGAACAACAAAAAUCUUGAAGGUGAUCAGAGUGACAAAGUGGAUUUGAUUAGCAGCUUACCUGAUGAUAUACUGGUAUACUUGCUAUCUUUUGUAGGAAUUAAAGCAGCAGCAAGAACUAGCCUUCUUUCGAAAAGGUGGAGACAUGUAUGGACUUAUAUCACGGACCUAGAUUUCGAAGAUCCUCCAAGGCUAGCCAUUGCAAUUACUAAGCCGUAUGAGAAUUCCGAAGCGGGUAAUUAUGCUGAUUGGGUUAACCAGGUUAUCAGAGCAAAUCAAGCUCAGUAUCUUAACACCUUCAGAAUGCAUUUUUCUAUUCCUUUUGGUGAUAAAAUAUAUGCUUCUAAUAUUGAUAAGUGGCUCGAAUUCGCCUGUACUAAAAAGGUUCGAAAUCUGGAGUUGCACAUGGGAACUCUUCCUACGAUCCCCAUUUUUAAGAACCCGACUUUUGUCUUGAAUACUAGUCUUGUAUCUCUUUACUUGACAAAGGUGGUUGUAGAUGGACCUCUGCUUCAAUGGGUUUUAUCUAAUUGUCUUAAACUUGGCCGCCUUAUGCUUCACUCGUGUAUGGCCACCGAUGAUGUUUUUGCUUCUUCCAAACGCCAAAAACUUGUUAUCUCAUCCCUUACACUCAAACACUUGGAGAUUUUUCAUAGCACCCGCCUUCUCAAUACUGAAUCAUUGCACAUUGUUGCUCCAAAUCUUGUUACUCUUUUAUUUAUUGAGUCUCCUACCGUUGAUUUGGAGUACGUUAGUGUUCCAUCACUUGUGGAUGCUGCUUUCGGAGGGAUAUAUUCUACUAAACUUUGCAACGGGAGUUUUCUAUCCGGUUUGUCUUCCCAACUUGAAAAACUCUCGCUGCAUUGGUUCAAGGUACCCUUUCAAGCUUGUAAAUUUCCAUCCUUUGCUAAUGUUAAGCUGUUGGAGUUAUCUUUCGCAUGGGAUGAUGCUAAAUACCUUUUAGUAUCGACAUUAUCCCUGAUUACGGCAUGCCCUCUGUUGCAUACAUUCAAGUUGAAGAUAAUGCUUUGGAGCCAGUAUGACUACUGCACAAGGUUAAUACCAAUUAAUGUUAAUGUUGCUCAAACUAAUGCAAUUCGUACCCUCCAGAGACUCGAGGCGCUAGAAUUUGUUGGAUAUACUGGGUGUGAAUAUGCUGUUGCUCUUGCGUAUCAUCUCACUCAACAUGCUCCCAUGCUUAAGAAGUUUAUACUUGAUCCUCGUAUACCCGAACAAGUUGGAGAGCUAAGCAAUUGGUAUUUGAAUUAUAAAGGGGAUUACUUGGAAAUUGCCAGAAGUAGGGCAAAACUGCUUGCUAAACUAAUUAAAUCAAGUGUUAAUGUGGUCAUUUUAUGA